GAAGUCCUUCUUACUUUUCUUGCCCUUACUUUUUGACCAUUUCUGUUUAUUGAUCCUGAUGGCUCAACAUUGCUUCCAAAAUGAAUAUUUUGAUAGCUUGCUGCAGUCCUGUAAGCCGUGUCACCUUCGAUGCUCCAGUAAGCCACCUUUUUCAUGUCAGAACUAUUGUAAUGAGAGUGCUGCAGACCCAGUGAAAUUAUCACAUGGAAUUAUUUGGAUCUGUUUAGGCAUAGGAAUACUUUUAGCAUUCGCAGUGUUUGUAUUAAUGGUCCUAUUUAAAAGAAGGUACUCAAAGCCAUCAAAGGAAGAAAUGAAAAGUACAGAAUCUUCCAUGGAGCUAAAUAUUAUACUCCAGACUGACACUGAGAGCUGUGUGAAUGCAGAUGGAAUUGGGGAGACACUCCAAAGUGAAUCAUCACUCAUGUAUUCAGUACAGGAAUGCACUUGUAUGGAUUGUAACUUGGUGAAACCCCAAACUGGCUUUGAUAUCUCUUUCCCAUUACCAGUCACAGAGGAAGGAGCUGCUGUUUUAGUUACUACAAAGACUUCUGAUUGUUGCAGCUAUCUUCCAGGUGUUGUACAACUGCGAUAGGGAGAAAAAAGUUUUUACUGCA